AUGGCCUCUUACAUCAACCAAAUGGCCAGUGAAGAUAUAGACCAGGUCAUUUCCAGCCUUGACAGCGGCUCAGAAAAAGCCAUAGUUCCAAUUUCUCUAGCAAAAGUUUCAGUCGGUAUCGUACCCGCAAAUCGCCUUCUCCUUUCCCUCGAUGUAGCCAGCGUCAGUGCCGUAUCUGACUCGGUUCGAAAUGCUGUUUCUGGAGUGCUCCUCAUUACGCCCACCUCGGACGUCGAUCUCAUUAGCUCUGUUUCCCGCUUCUUUGUCGGCUCAUCCAUUCACGUUCUCUCCCAUGAUCCUCCUUCCACUUCCACAAUCAGAAAACUUGCAGCCAUCGGUGCAACCCUCGUCCUUUCAUCAUCACAGCUCACGCUCUCCUCUUCAUCCGAUUCAAAGAUCAACAUCGCAGAUGCUUUCCUUGCGCCGAUACAAUCAGAUCGCCCUGAUGGCCUGUUCCCCACCGUAGUAACGUCUCUCCUUCAAAACAACCGCUCACUUGGUCUCGUAUACUCAUCUCGCGAGUCAGUUAAAGAGUCUAUCCUUACAGGAAAAGGCGUUUACCACUCCCGCAAACAUGGUAUCUGGCGUAAAGGAGAGACUUCUGGUGCCACACAGGAUGUCAUUCGCAUCCGUACUGACUGCGAUGCCGAUGCUCUUGAAUACAGUGUCGUCCAACACGGUUCUGGAUUCUGUCACUUGAAUCGUCCUUCUUGCUUUGGAGAUUUAGGAGGGUUAGCUGCACUUGAGGAUACUAUCCGCUCAAGGCUGGAGGACGCUCCUGAGGGUUCAUACACUCGCAGACUAUUCAACGAUCAUGACCUUCUCAAAUCAAAAAUCAUGGAAGAGGCGGAUGAGUUGUGCCGUGCGGAGACUAAAGAGGAAAUUGCUUUCGAGGCAGCGGAUUUAACCUAUUUCUCGCUCACUAGAUGUAUUGCUGCUGGGGUCAGCAUUGCUGAUAUCGAGCGAUCACUAGACCACAAGGCGAAGAAAAUUAUUCGUAGACCAGGGCACGCAAAGCCUCAGUGGUUAUCUAAGACUAAAGAUGACAAGACCACAGCAGCUUCUGAGGAUUCUGAUUCCUCAAUUCGCAUGCGCGCAUAUGAUCUCUCUGAGAUCAGCGCCAAGGAACGCUCGCAGCUCCUCAAGCGUCCCGUCCUGAAAUCAGAUGAAAUGAUUGCCAAAGUGAAACCCAUCGUCGACGAUGUCCGCUUACGGGGAGACGCCGCGCUCCUCGAACUCACAGCCAAAUUCGAUAAAGUACAGCUCUCUUCCACAGUUCUCUACCCUCCGUUUUACUCGCCUGAAACAUCGCCUGUGGACGAGAAGGUACGAGACGCAAUAGAUCGCGCUUACGAAAACAUCUAUACUUUCCACAAGGCCCAAGUUGACCCCGCUCCGUUGGUGGUCGAGACAAUGCCUGGGGUGACCUGUACACGCUUUGCCAGGCCCAUCGCACGAGUUGGACUUUACGUCCCCGGUGGCACCGCCAUUCUUCCAUCAACAGCAUUAAUGCUCGGUGUGCCUGCUCAAGUAGCAGGAUGCAGUGAAGUCGUCCUUGCGACGCCCCCACGACCUGAUGGCACUGUGUCCUCAGAGGUGUUAUAUGUUGCGGACCGUGUGGGUGCUUCAACGAUAGUUGUUGCGGGCGGUGCUCAAGCAGUGGCCGCCCUAGCAUACGGUACAGAGACCGUGCCAAAGGUAGACAAAAUCUUCGGACCAGGCAACCAGUGGGUCACAGCAGCGAAGAUGCUUGUCCAGAAUGACACAGAUGCGUUAGUCUCCAUCGACAUGCCUGCUGGGCCAUCUGAGGUUCUGGUCAUUGCUGACGAGACGUGCAACCCCGCGUUCGUUGCUGCAGACCUGCUAUCGCAAGCUGAGCACGGGAUUGAUUCGCAAGUGGUCCUGGUGGCCUCCUCACUCCCUGCAUCAAAACUCUCCGCGAUCGAGGAGGAAGUCGACAAACAGGCACGCGCACUGUCACGUGUAGCCAUUCUGCGGCAGUCCGUUGCGAAGAGUCUCAUUGUCAAGGCACACGACGUACAGGAGGCAAUUGCGUUUUCCAAUGAUUAUGCACCGGAACAUCUGAUUUUACACAUGCGAGGCGCGUCGGGAUGGGUGAAGUCGAUCCAGAAUGCAGGCAGUGUAUUCGUAGGACCCUACACACCGGAAAGUUGCGGUGACUAUGCAUCUGGAACAAACCACACGCUCCCAACGAAUGGCUAUGCACGGCAGUUUUCCGGUGUCAACACGCUUUCGUUCCAAAAACAUAUCACCUCGCAGGAGAUCACCGUCGAAGGUCUGAAAGCACUGGGUCCUAUUGUUGUAACCCUCGCGGACUGUGAAGGUCUUCAGGCUCAUGCGAACGCUGUGCGCAUUCGUCUCGGCGAGGUCUAGCUUCUCAAACGACAAAUGCCAAUAUAAAUUCAUGUACGAUUGAAAGGAAGAAGCGAAAACGUGUCUGUAGCGAUACGCCAUCUUAAAAGUAGUUAAGCAAUCGAGGUAUUGUGGUUGUGUCGUAUUACUAAAUUAGAACUUAUAGCGAGGAAUAGGCUCACAUAUCAGUCAAAACUAGAAAUGAAUAAAGAUCUAUUGCAGGAUGCUAAUGCCC